CUCUACCUGGGCCACAUCCUGCUACUAGAGGCCCUGGCUUUGGGCCUGCUCUGGGUCUGGGGGACCAGCUGGAGCCUCACACUGCUCUGUUCCCUCAUGCUGGCCACGUCUCAGGCCCAAGCUGGCUGGCUGCAGCAUGACUACGGCCACCUGUCAGUCUGCAAGAAAUCCGGCUGGAACCACAAACUGCACAAGUUUGUCAUUGGACACCUAAAGGGUGCCUCUGCUAACUGGUGGAACCAUCGUCACUUCCAGCACCACGCUAAGCCCAACAUUUUUCGUAAAGAUCCUGAUAUCAACUCACUACAUGUCUUCGUCCUGGGAGACAAACAGCCUGUAGAGUAUGGUAUAAAGAAGUUGAAGUACAUGCCCUACCAUCACCAACACCAGUACUUCUUCCUCAUUGGACCUCCACUAAUCGUUCCAGUGUUUUUCAACAUCCAGAUAUUCCGGACCAUGUUUUCACAACGAGACUGGGUGGAUCUGGCGUGGUCGAUGAGUUUCUACCUUCGCUUCUUCUGCUGUUACUAUCCCUUCUUUGGUUUCUUUGGCUCAGUAGCAUUGAUCAGCUUCGUCAGGUUUUUGGAAAGCCACUGGUUUGUAUGGGUGACCCAGAUGAGUCACCUUCCUAUGGAGAUGGAUCACGAGCGACAACAGGACUGGCUCACCAUGCAGUUGAGUGCUACUUGCAACAUUGAACAGUCAACCUUCAACGACUGGUUCAGUGGACACCUCAACUUUCAGAUUGAACACCAUCUGUUUCCUACCAUGCCCCGUCACAACUACCACCUGGUGGCUCCUCUGGUUCGUGCUUUGUGUGAGAAACAUGGACUUCCCUACCAGGUCAAGACUUUGCAGAAAGGCAUGACUGAUGUUGUCAGGUCACUGAAGAAGUCAGGGGAUCUGUGGCUGGAUGCGUAUCUCCAUAAAUAAAUCCCUUCCUGACUCUGGACGGGAUUUAAUCCAUCGCAGAUUAACGACCUGCGAACAGAGAGGACAUUUCCUGGAUGUUUUUGAUGAUACUGAUCGCUGCAAACAUUAUUGUGAUAUAAUUGUUUUAAUCCUUGUCAGCAGUGAAUGGGGACCCAUAGCAUAAAUAGAGGGUUUAUAUAGUAGGGCCAGGCGUUUAAAAAAAAACAAAAAAACAAUUUAUUGACCAAUAUUCCACCAUUAUCCACUGGGUUUGAUGCAGGCAGAAAAUCCUAGGAAAUGCUCUGUAAUUGACACAAGUCUCAGUCAUUCCAGUCUGGUUGUCCAUUCGUUUCUGGUGGAGGGAUCGCCUGAACCAGAGGAGGCGCAGCAUAUGAAUCUUAAUUUCACAAAACCUAUUAUUUGGCAGGGAAUUCUAUUUGUAGAUCAGUGAUUUUACACCUCGUUUUUCUCAAGCUGAUCGCCUCCAACAGACUCAAUCCCUGAUCACAGGAGGUUAUAUAAAUGGGGCAAUUAGGACACUUUAAGGGGAAAGACUAUGAAUCCAAGCAGAAAAUAUAAGUGUACAAUAAAACAUCUCUAUCGCUUGAAAUUCCCCGCUGGGAUGUUCUUUGCGGACAACAAUAUAUUCUGCAAAACCUGCAAUUUAGCGUCACAUUUUAAAUGGAAAAACAGGAUAGACAGGACAUAAUUAUGCCGUCUCAGAAGAAUGCUUCAACCUUGAAACCUUGUGGGGGAUAUAUAGUGAAACAGUCUCGUCCUUACAUAACAAGACAACAUCAAUCAACAACAAUAUUUCACGACGUCUUCGUUGCCUGUUAAUUAACAUAUGUGUAUGAUAGGCAUUUUUGUAUCCGAAAAUGUAGAGGGUGGAAUAUAGACUAUUUUCAGAAUACUAAUUGCUCGCCUAUUUUCAUUUACUAUAGAAAGGACACAUUUUAUCCAUCUCUGUUAAGACGUCAGUAUUUGGAGAGAUGCGCUUCUCCGCCUCCACAAGGUUCAUGUAAAAGUGAAGCUACUCGGAGUGAUAUUCUAACACUGUCGAAUAGUUCUCUGCCUGUAAAUACACUCUAUCAGCCAGAACUACUUUAACAUCUUCACCCAGCUCUCAUACACAAUGUGUGACAGUGGAUUUGUCCGUUACUAUGGAGAUGCUUUCUGUUGUGUUUUUACCGGAGACUGCGGCUCGGUUCUUUUCACGUGUCUUAAUGAAGGUGAGCAAUUUGGGAUUGUCAACUUUGUUUAGAGGCAUGUUGGCGCAUGCAAAAGCUAUAUAUAUUCCUCAUCAUUUACAUUGGUACACGUGUUUAAUGAAAAUGGCUAGUUUGUUCGGCUAUAUUUUCUUAGAUAACAUGCCUACUAUUCCUAUAUAAUUUUGAUAACAGACAAUGAGUAAGUAAAAUAUUUAUGCCGAUUUAUUUCCUUAGGUUAAUCAUUUGGUGCAUUAGGCUAAAGUGUAUGCUGUUGAUGCAAAUAUUUUGUUUUAAUCUCAUUUGAAGUCAAAUCACACGGUUGGGAAUUGAUUUUGGACUAAUUGGAUAAUUAUGUUAGAUGAUCACCAUGUGAGAAAGUGCUAUAUCGGACACGGGGUAGAAAAACACCAACCGAAGAACAACCAAAACGCCUGGCCCUAAUCAUUGGUGCCACCCUGUUUGAACAACAUUUAUGUAUUUACGUAUAUUAAAAAUAAAUAUGUGUUUAAGCCUUAUAUUACAUAUAUUUAAAUAUAUGGACAUAUUACAAAAUUGGCCUUUUUGAUAUAUUUCUACAUAUAUGUUUAUAUAUUUAAAUAUAUGGAAAUACAUUUUGAGAGCAUGCUGUGGUAGCUAGUAAAAUAAAUGCCCAAAUAUAUUUCAUAAAUAUAUGUUGCCAUGUAUUUAAAUGAAUGGAAAUGUUUGCUUUUUACCUUAAUGAUACUGUAGCUAAGCUACAUAAAUAAAAACAAUCAAUGCGUAAAACUACAAAGGUCAGGACUGAAUCACAAUAGCCUGUGGUGGUAGACUUUGAAAAGUCUGAAUGAAUGACAACUAAAAGAGUGGUUUCAAUCA